UCUCUGCUGCAGCUCUAUAAAAGCCCCUCUUUUUCAAGCUGAGGUUAGUCCAAGCAUACACUAACUAGCCAUCCUGUAAACAGGCUGAGUAACCGGGUGGAGAGAGAGAGAGAGAGAGAGAGGAGACAUUGGAGAGAGAGGGGGCUGAGGGGCUUUUUCCCUCUUCCUCCAGCAUUUCCAGCCCUUCGCUGGCAGACCCUGCCGUCCGUUUAUUUCCUUUUCGUUUUGUUUUUGUUGCUUUUUGAAGGAGAGUUGUCUUGUUCUGCCACCUCCAGAGCAGCGAAGAGUUUCUUGCUCAGAAGCCCGAAUACAAUGAAUUCUGACUCCAGCUCUGUCUCCAGCAGAGCUUCCUCGCCAGACAUGGAUGAGAUGUACCUGAGAGACCAUCACCACCACCACCACCAUCACCACCACCAAGACAGCCGGCUCAACUCUGUCUCCUCCACCCAGAACGAUCUGGUGCAGAAGAUGUCUGGGGAAGGCCUCACCAGGAACGGUUCCAAGGCCGGAGGGGAAGGCAGCAAGUACAAAAUCAAGAAGCAGCUUUCGGAGCAGGACCUGCAGCAGCUGCGGCUGAAGAUCAAUGGCCGGGAGCGCAAGAGGAUGCACGACCUCAACCUCGCCAUGGAUGGACUGCGGGAGGUGAUGCCCUACGCUCACGGACCUUCUGUGAGAAAACUCUCCAAAAUCGCCACCCUGCUGCUAGCCAGAAACUAUAUCCUGAUGCUCACCAGCUCCCUGGAGGAGAUGAAGAGGCUAGUUGGGGAAAUCUACGGGGGACACCACUCGGCCUUUCACUGCGGCACGGUGGGACACUCUGCCGGGCACCCGCCCCACGCCGCCGGCACCGUGCACCAGGUGCAUCCCAUCCUCGGCAGUGCCUUGUCCUCCGCCAACACCUCCUCCUCCCUCUCCGCCUCCCUGCCGGCCAUCGGCACCAUCCGCCCCCCACACUCCCUGCUCAAGACCCCCUCGACACCUCCCGCGCUGCAGCUCGGCAGCGGCUUCCAGCACUGGGCGGGCUUGCCGUGCCCCUGCACCAUCUGCCAGAUGCCUCCCCCGCCCCACCUCUCGGCCCUCACCGCCUCCAACAUGGCCAGGAUCUCGGGGGAGACCAAGGACCUCCUGAAGUGACUCGGCAGGGCUCCCGCGGCCGCUGGGGCUGCGCCGGGGCCGGCGCACCCACGGGCCGAGAGGGGGCUGCGGCCGGGCCCCCCCGGGCCGCCGCCGGACCUGC